ACUCGGCUCAAUGAACACAAGCCCGAGCGACUCGAAGUAGGUUGGAGUGGCUCAAUGAACACCAAAAGCUGACUCGCAAGUGGUUGCAACCAAGUUCGAGCAGCUCGUUGAACACAGCUAAUAUUUACGAGUCGCUGAUAGUUUUUUUGAUUUUCUAGUGCUUUAUUUUUUCGAUUUUAAAGUGUCUAAUGUGCACCAAUUGACUGGAACGGCGAACAAGCUAAAAAUCUAGUGCUAGCCAUCCCGCGUCCAGAGGAUUCCAGAGAUUUCUGGGAAAAGGGGUCUCGUUUCUUCGUCUUUUGCCCCUCCUUCGUCACACACAAAACGAGAAAGAGUCCGGAAGAUGUCUUCUUCGCCAUUCCAUCAUUUUGCGUUCAACCACGGAACGAGAAAGAUUGCCCCGCUCAAGAUUCGAUUUCCUGUUUCUGCAGAAAUCCAAGCAUAAGCCCAUCGCAAAUUAUGCCAUCGCCAAGCGGAGUUCCCUUUAACAUUGCGGACAUGCCCUGGUCCUACAGUGGAAAGCCCGGCCAGCUGAUGGAGUUCAACGCGGUGAUCCGGCCGAGUCCGAUCCUGCAGGGAGGAGGACCAUCACUGCACCACGCGUUGCCGUACCCGGAGAUGCGGAAGCGGAAAACCGAACCGGAUGUCAUUCCGAUACCAUCUAAGCAGUUUUUCACCGAUGAAUCGAUGGCUAUCCACAUGAACAAUCUCCAUUUAUCAACCGAGUACACAUCGCACAAUAUCGAGACAACGAAUAUCGCAUCGGAGGAAACGCUUAGGUCCCUGUCCGUUUCGGCGUCGUCAUCCUCCCUAGACGAGGAUAUGUCCCUGGGUGAAGCAGGCCCUUCCACGUCCACAGCCUCGUCGCACGUCUACAUGUCCCCACAGGAACUGGAGGAACGGCUCAAAAAGGCACAACGAAUCACACUUUGCGAGGAGGUUCGCAAGCUGGACAGUCGCACCGAAAUCCUUCCCCAAGUGCUACUGGAGAGGAUCGAGAAGCCCUGCACGGCACUGGUUCUGUGGCAACCCCCGCCGGUGCUGGAGAAGAUCCUGACCAAUGUGAGUGAGGCCUUGAAGGAACGGGAAGAACGGGGUAAAAAUCACGGCAAACAGCAGGAAUCUUCCGCCCGGAGGCCCAACGAGGUGGCCAUGGGGGAAGACGAGGAAGCGCUGCCCGAUCUGCCGGAUUAUGACGAUGAUCUCGAUUUUGAGGAGAAUAAUAAUAACGUGGCCACGGUAAGCGAUAUGAAUAGCAUGGACGUUGAGAUGUAGAAUGGGGACCAGGGGAGGAAUGGCGCGAAAUCGUGAUCGGUGGUGAUUGAUGCAUGUCAUGUACAAUGUUUUCUUAUUUUUUAUUCAUACUUAUAUGUAGUCGAUAAGGCGUAAGGAUCCUAACCCGUUAGGUUCGCUAUUAAGCUUGCGGUCGAAAAGAUUGUUGAUAUAUACUUUUUUGGGGUGCAAAAAUACGAAAUAUAGACGAAAUUUUCAAUCUCGA